CCAUCCCUCAUUUCUGAAUCGUCCGCCCAAUAAAUUCCAAACUCCACCUUCCUUUCACUACCUCGUCUGUCGGCCGCCGAACCCCAGCGCACAAUCACAGAGGAAGAGAUCGGAAAUGACGACCCGGUUCAAGAAGAACAGGAAGAAGCGCGGACACGUGAGCGCCGGACACGGUCGUAUCGGGAAGCACAGGAAGCAUCCGGGAGGCCGCGGAAACGCUGGAGGCAUGCACCACCAUCGGAUUCUAUUCGAUAAGUAUCACCCGGGGUACUUUGGUAAGGUUGGUAUGCGGUACUUUCACAAGCUCCGCAACAAGUUCUACUGCCCCAUCGUCAACGUCGACAAGCUCUGGUCCCUGGUCCCUAAGGAUGUCAAGGACAAGGCGUCCAAAGACAAAGUUCCCCUGAUCGACGUCACCCAGUAUGGCUUCUUCAAGGUCUUGGGCAAGGGCGUGUUGCCGGAGAACCAGCCCGUCGUCGUCAAGGCCAAGCUCGUUUCGAAGAUUGCCGAGAAGAAAAUUAAGGAGGCCGGUGGUGCUGUCGUUCUCACUGCUUAGGUUUUGCUGCUUUUGCAUUUUAGUUACAUUUUUGUUCUUUUUAAAAUUCUGGUCUAUUUUGGAACUUCUUCGAGCCGUGAUUGGUAUUAUUAUCUGUUUUUAAUGAGAUUUUUAAAUGAUUGGAUU